AUGAAUGGUGGUAGGUUUGGUAAUUUUCAGCAAAUGCAUGGUGAUCAGUUGCUUGGUGGGAUUUUAGAUGAGCCACUGCCACCCUAUAAUGGUGAUAAUGGGCAAGGGUAUUUAGAUGAUAUGAUUAAUGAAGGGGAUACUUUUGACCUAAAUGAUGUUUGUAUUGGUGGGGUGGAUCAUGCCAAAUUUAUUGUGCUUACUGGUCCUAACAUGGGUGGAAAGUCAACUCUUCUGCAUCAAGUUUAUUUAGCACUGAUUUUGGCACAGUCAUCAGCAACAUGUAGAUCAGUUGUGGCAUUAGAUGAACUUGUACAAGGGACAGCAACAUCAAAUGGACAAGCCAUAGCUGCAUCAGUUCUUGAACACCUUGUCAACAAGGUCCAGUUUCGGGGUCUGUUUUCUACUAACUAUCAUCACUUAGCUUUGGAGUAUCAGCAGACUGACAAGCAUGGCUCAUUGGCUGUCACAAGUCCCUUACCAGGGUCAGUUGGUGGAUUGCAGAAAAACUUGAAGCUUAAACUUAUGUCUCCAUGCAUAUCCAAGGAUGAGAAAGAAUAA